UUUUUGACAGUGAGAGUGACAGACAGACAAGAAAAUCAAGCGCCAGACGAGCCAGCAAAGCAUUUUUGUCCAAUUUUUAUUGAAGUAAGAAGAAUCGAAGUUAUCCCCUGAAAAAUAUACUAAAGAGGAGCUUUACGCCGUUCAAGGACAAGCAAUCGCAUUAUUCUCUGUAACGUGGUGAAACGUUCUAGUAAUCACAAUGCCGGCUAGCAACAUCGAUUUGUACCGAAUGCAAGACGCCCGAAAUAAUUUUGACGCCAUGCGACCUGCUCCUGUUUGCACUGAUGCCAAUCAUUAUAUGGGCCAAUGUCAGCAGAACAUACAUAUAUCAACAAAUUGUUACUACGGUUAUCAUGAUCCAAAGGUAUCGGAAAAUGUCCACGUAAAUACCGAUUGCGAAAUGUUAGAAGAACCGCAUGGUAACAACAUAGCGUCACCGCCACAAACACAGACGAUACAACCAAACACAAGAAAACGGAGUGCAGAUGACACCGAAAUGCCGCAAAAUAAACGUUUUCGAGAAGAAGUACAAAAAGAGAAAACCAAUGCACCUGAGACAACCGAGAUCAAGAAUUCAAACAAGAGUAUUGAAGAUGCGCUGGAGUCGCUGUACUGGAACACACAUGGCGGGAACAUUUAUCAAUUCCUACAGUGUCUUUAACGAAAUAUAUUUCAUGUAAUAGUUUAAGAAAAAUGUGAUCAAGUGCCACUGACUUUAUGGGACACUAAAACGUGAAAAUGUGACUAAAUUUUAUGAGUAGUUAAGGUUAACAAAGUUUUUUGAUUAUAAGGGUUUGCUAAUAAACAUCUAUGUAGGAAUUGGGAGAGUUUUUAUUUUUAACAACAGUUUUUAAUUAUAUAAUAUAUUUAUUUAUACCAAUAAAUAUUACACAAAUGAAGGACGUCAUGUAAAUAAUGUUAAGAUAAUUAAAUAAUCAUGGAUUACAAUACUAAAAAUUCACAGGAAUAAAUUUAAAAACUAACAGGAUUUCGUCAAACUUCUCGAGAUUUAAUCUGGAAAAAA